AUGGCGGCCUCGGGCGAGGUGCCCAAAGGUCCGCCUCGGAAUGCCUCCAUCGACACCACCAUUUCCACUGCCUCGUCUACCCUGUCGUUGAGCAAGGGCAGCAGCAGCCAGUCCAAGCCAGUCGAUGUUGCUGGUCUCAUCAAGGCCGCGGGCAGCCCCGAGGCUGUCAUUGAGCACCUUCUGAAGGAGAAGCAAUCACAGGCACAGCAAAACUCGCAGUUAUGGCGGCUGGUAGACAAACAGCGGGCCAUGAUUCUCGGCCUGAACAAGGACCUCGAGGCUGCCCUCAAGGACAAGGAGAGAUACAGGAAGAAGCUCAAGGAGCUGAUGGCCAACCCUGCGGUUAUGAAAGCUGCGGGUGGCCCGCGAGGGGAGCCGGAGCCGGAGCCGACUGGUCGUCGGGGCCCGGCUGGCCCGCGCGUCGACGUCGACCUGCCGACCCGCGAACCUGACUCGCCGAGCCUCGACUCGGAUAGCCAGAAGAAUUCCCCCAUCGAUCUCACAAUGGCGCCGUACCCGAUCACACCGCCGGCGGACCGGCAGCACGCGUCGCAUUCCGCCGUGGGCGAGAUGCUCGACCCUAAACACACCAUGCCUAAGCCUCACGAACAUGCGCUCGGCAAGUUCGAUCACGAGGCCGACGAGAGGGCUGCCGACCAGGAGCGCAAGGGCAGGCAGGAGGAGUCCCUUCGCGAGAUACCAUACAACGUCUCGCUGCCGCCGUCGCGCAGCCUCCCGAGCGACCCACCGAGCGUGCCUCCGCCGAAGCCGCCUUCAUCCCCUCCGCUCGUCACCAUCAUGGAGCCGACGCCGCAGCCCGAGGAGGGUCUCAGCAAGUUCCCGGUCCCACUGCGGAAAGCGCCGCCGGCCCCGUUACAGCUGAACCAGCAAGCCCGGAAGAGCUCGGCGCCGCCAGAGGACGAGGACUCCGAGUCCGACUACGACGACAUCCUGGAGGUCGAGCACGUAGGCCCGGAGUCGCGAGGCCGGCGCCGGACGCGUGAAGAGGAUGACCGUGAGCGGGAGAUUAUUGCGUUCAGGGAAGAGCAGCAACGGAGUGCCUCGAAGAAGAGCAAAUCUAGCAAGUCGAGGCCGGCCACGGAGGCGGGCCAUGCGCCUGAUCCCAAGGCCCCUCUCCCCGGGCAAGCCCACGGGGAUGAACCCCCUUCGUUGGACGCGAUGCUUCACGGCGACCACAAGGCUGAGCUAGCACCCCCUCUCAGAAGCCCGGGGCUCCCAGCCAGCCCGAGGCCAUUCGGUAACGUCUCAAACACUGCAGCUCCCGCUGCUCCCUUGUCGCCCAGGUCCGGAAACUCGGCAUCAGGGGGAGCGUUGUCCCCUCGACCACCCCGUCAGAUGAUUCCAUUGCCACCGAACACACCCCUUGUGUCUCCUGCCAUUUCCGGCAGCUCGUCGUCCACUCAAGUCACCAACGCGGGCACGCGAACUGGUGAUGGGACAGACGUCAGCAGAGGCCGAGUGCUGGCCGCCGAACGCACCAAGAUCUUCCGCGGACUCGUCACGGAUGAGUUUCCCGACCUCUUGCUGCCGCCUAAUGCGCUGCCCUCCAUCCAGGUCAAGGUCGCGUCGUCUCGCAUGAAGCCGUCGAGGGCCAGCCUGAUAUCCCUGACGCAACUGGAAGAGGAUCCGGUCUUUACCCUCGCCAUCGCCUCUCGCGCGGACGGUGGAGAGCUCUGGCGUGUCGAGAAGGAUAUUGCGUCUCUGAGCAAGCUCGACCAGCGCCUGAAGCAGUGUCCGGCAGUCACGGCCAAGACGCCAGACCGGUCACUGUUCAGCGGACAUGCCCCGGCAAAGUUGGACGCGCGUCGAGUGGCGCUGGAGCAGUAUCUGGACGAGCUGCUGGACACACCGCUGGACGCGGCGACGGCGGUGGAGUUGUGCAAGUACCUGUCCAGCAACACACUACCGCCCAACGCGGAUGAGACAGGCUCGGCGCUCAGAGGAAGCCCGGAGACGGGCAGCUUCAAGAUCGGCGCCGACGGUCGCCCCGUCCGGAGUGGCUACCUUACCAAGAAGGGAAAGAACUUUGGAGGGUGGAAAGCCAGGUUCUUCAUCAUCGAGGGGCCUCACCUCAAGUACUACGAGACGCCAGGCGGUGCUCACUUGGGCACCAUCAAGCUUCAGAACGCCCAGAUCGGGAAGCAGUCCCAAGCCAGCAACGAAGUGCAAUCGCCGGCGCGGCCGCAGAACGGCGAGGAGCUCGACAAUCAGUAUCGCCAUGCCUUCCUUAUUCUAGAGCCGAAGAAGAAGGACUCGCACAGCCACGUUAAGCAUGUGCUGUGCGCGGAGAGCGACAAGGAGCGGGACUCAUGGGUAGACGUCCUGCUGCAAUGGAUCGACUAUCGAGACCCCGACGACCCCGAAGUGAAGACGCCCAAAGGCGCCGUCGCCCAUGAUCGCCAGGGAUCCGGACAUGAGCACCCGAACGGCGCCAAGUCAAAGAAGAGCAGCCAGAACCGAUCCAACCACCACCAAGCUGACUCGGAUACGUUGAUUGGCGUGCGGUACGACACCACGCACGCCGGGGAGGCGCCUCAGAGCGUGCCGGGAGGGCCCAAGUCCGCGACUGGUCUUCCCGAGCACUACAGCUCCCACAACCUUGCGGUAGAGACGAUGAGCUCCCAGUCGAACAAGAUCAUCUCGGCGCCAAAAGAUCCACAGGUCAUCUCCGACUCGGCGGCUUGGGGCAAUAAGUCGGGACUGUCGAUCCCGACCAACGACGAGAAGAAGGCUAGGAAGCGAAGCUUCUUUGGCUUUGGCCCCAAGACUCGAUCCUCGUCGGACGGCCAGGACUCGCUGUUCGGCGGCAGCGAGGCCGGCUCGGCGGCGACGCCACCCCAGGGCUCAUAUCACGGCCCCGUUCGCCAGGUGUUCGGGGCGCCGCUGGCCGAGGCGGUCCGCUACAACCCGCCGGUGGACGUCAACGUGCCGCUUCCCUCUGUCGUCUUCCGAUGCAUCCAGUACCUGGACCACAAGGAUGCCAUCCUCGAGGAGGGCAUUUUCCGCCUCAGCGGCUCCAACGUGGUCAUCAAGCAACUCCGAGAGCGGUUCAACAACGAAGGCGACAUCAACCUGGUGACGGACGAGCACUACCACGACAUCCACGCCGUGGCGUCGCUGCUCAAGCUCUAUCUCCGCGAGCUGCCCACGACGAUUCUCACCAGAGACCUCCACCUCGAGUUCUUGGCGACUACCGAGAUCGCAGACCGCAAGGAGAAGAUUGCGACGCUGGCCGAGCUUGCGCGGAGGCUGCCGCAAGCAAACGCGACCCUGCUCAAGUACCUGAUUUCAUUCCUCAUCAAGAUCAUCAACAAUGCGGACAUGAACAAGAUGAACGUGCGCAACGUGGGCAUCGUCUUUUCGCCCACGUUGAACAUACCGGCGCCGGUGUUUGCCAUGUUCCUGCAGAACUACGAGGCCAUCUUUGGCGUCGACCCGGAGCACUAUGAGCUGCCGUCGCCGACGCCCGAGUCCGACUCGCAACAAGGGCGAGCAGACGGUCCGCCGCGCUUCGACCCGCCGGCGCGGCCGUCAACAUCGUCGGGCAGCGCCUCGCCGCACCGUCAGCCGCGCAUGGAGUCGAUGAGGGACCACGCGAGGCAGACGCCGACGCCGCCGCUGCUGCAGAACCUGCAGACGGCGAGGGGCUCACCGACACCACCGCUCGGCAACAUCCGCUCGCAGUACGAUAUGGGCCCCCAAGUACAGUACAGCACAAUACCCGCUGCAUCCUCUCGACCGGCUUAUGAGAGCGUAUACGGCGUUCCCACCGGGUCUGACGGGUCUGGCUAUCACCCGACGCCUCGCGGGGCUCCGGGAUACGACCGACCGAUAUACCCUAGCAUCAACGACGAGCACGGGGCGGGCAGCUCGCAGUCACUAGAGCAGCCUCAUAGUUCCAACACGAACGCAAAGCGACGGGAGAGCUUGGUCUAUAUGGGCGGCAUAGGCGGCCUCCAGCACCAGGGAUCCAAGAGCCGACUUCGCGAAGAGGCACGGUUCUAA